CUGACCCUAUUUUUCGCGGCAGAAUCUUCACACCCCUCUUCGUUCCUCAUAAACCCUAAUUUUUUUUUAUUAAUUUUUUUUUCACGAACGACAUAAACCCUACAUAGACUGAUAGUUCACUCCAUUGACAAAAUAAAUAGAUUAAUUACAGACACAGUUGCUCGUAUUUGAUCGACCGAGGAUGGGAUUCAAGCAAGAACAUGAUGGAACUGAUGACAGCAAGCAGCAAGAGUUCGAUAUCGACAAGCAAUUCUUGGCUGCCCCCGUGAAAUCUGCGGUCGACAAAUUCCAGCUUCUUCCCGAGUUCUUGAAGGUGAGAGGGUUGGUGAAGCAACACUUGGACUCCUUUAAUUACUUUGUUAGGACUCAAAUAAGGAAGAUUGUGCGCGCCAAUGAUCUCAUCACAUCCAAGGUCGACCCAACUAUCUACCUCAGGUACAAAGAGGUUUGGAUUGGUAAACCUUCAACGUCAAUUGAAGGAGCCGUUAUAGAGCUUACUCCCCAUAAUUGUCGGUUAUCUGACCUCACUUAUGCUGCUCCAAUAUAUGUCAACAUUGAGUACAGCAAUGGUCAGAAAACACCACCAGUAGCCAAGAAAAAUGUCUUCAUAGGUCAAAUGCCUAUCAUGUUAAGAAGUUGCUGCUGCGUACUCCAUAGAAAAGAUGAAGCUGAACUUGCAAGACUUGGUGAAUGCCCACUAGAUCCUGGAGGGUAUUUUAUUAUCAAAGGAACUGAGAAGGUGAUUUUGAUACAGGAACAACUUUCCAAGAACAGAAUAAUCAUUGAUACUGACAAGAAAGGAUGUAUACAAGCAUCUGUUAUGAGCAGCACAGAAGCAACAAAAAGUAAAACAGUUAUAAAAAUGGAGAAAGAGAAGAUAUAUUUGUAUCUGAAUCAGUUUGGUACCAAGGUUCCUAUCAUGGCGGUCAUGAAGGCUAUGGGUAUGGAGAGUGAUCAAGAGAUUGUGCAGAUGGUUGGAAGGGAUCCACGAUAUAGUGCAUUACUCCUGCCAUCUAUUGAGGAUUGUGCAAGCAAUGCUGUAUAUACACAACAGCAAGCACUAGAAUUUCUUGACAAAAAGGUUAAGAAACCACAGUAUUUUAGUGCUUCAUUUGAUAAGGAAGGCAAGGCCAUGGGUAUCCUUCGUGAUGUUUUUGUUGCUAAUGUUCCUGUGCGUCAAAAUAAUUUUCGCCCAAAAUGCAUAUAUGUUGCCGUAAUGUUGCGACGUAUGAUGGAAGCAAUUCUGAAUAAGGAUGCAAUGGAUGAUAAGGAUUAUGUGGGGAACAAGCGGUUGGAGCUAUCUGGCCAAUUGUUAUCUCUACUCUUUGAGGAUUUGUUCAAGACCAUGAAUGAAGAGCUCAAAAAGACAGUAGACGGGACCCUGGAAAAGCCUAGCCGGUCUAGCCAGUUUGAUUUUUCCAGAUAUGUAAAGGGAGAUAGUAUCACUCAUGGGUUAGAAAGGACGCUUUCAACUGGUAACUGGGAUGUCAAGAGGUUCAAGAUGCACAGAAAAGGAAUGACCCAGGUUGUAGCGAGACUUUCCUUUAUAGGGACAUUGGGCCACAUGACAAAGAUCUCACCACAGUUUGAGAAGUCCAGGAAAGUUAGUGGACCUAGAGCGUUGCAACCUAGCCAGUGGGGCAUGCUUUGCCCGUGUGAUACUCCAGAAGGUGAAGCCUGUGGAUUGGUUAAAAACCUUGCCUUGAUGACUCAUGUUACAACUGAUGAAGAGGAAGGCCCGAUAAUUUCUCUGUGCUAUUGUUUGGGAGUUGAAGAUUUGGCUCUACUGUCUGGAGAAGAACUCCAUACACAGGAUUCAUAUCUGAUUUUAUUAAAUGGGCUUAUUCUUGGAAAGCAUAGGAGGCCACAGCGUUUUGCUAAUGCAAUGAGAAAAUUGCGAAGAGCUGGUAAAGUUGGCGAGUUCGUGUCUGUCUUCGUUAAUGAGAAGCAACGUUGUGUUUACAUUGCAUCAGAUGGAGGCCGUGUUUGCCGUCCACUCGUUAUUGCUGACAAGGGUGUAUCAAGAAUCAAGGAGCACCAUAUGAAGGAGUUGUUGGAUGGAGUCCGCAAUUUCCAUGAUUUUCUCCGCGAGGGCUUGAUAGAGUAUCUUGAUGUUAAUGAGGAGAAUAAUGCUUUGGUUGCCUUAUAUGAAGGAGAGGCUACGUCUGAAACAACUCAUGUUGAAAUAGAGCCUUUCACCAUCUUGGGUGUUUGUGCUGGCCUGAUUCCUUUUCCUCAUCACAACCAGUCUCCGAGAAAUACCUAUCAGUGUGCUAUGGGGAAGCAAGCUAUGGGCAAUAUCGCUUAUAACCAGUUACGUCGGAUGGACACACUAAUCUACCUUCUAGUGUAUCCUCAACGGCCUCUACUGACAACAAGAACAAUUGAGCUGGUUGGAUAUGAUAAACUUGGAGCAGGCCAGAAUGCGACUGUGGCUGUUAUGAGUUUCAGUGGCUAUGAUAUAGAGGAUGCAAUCGUGAUGAAUAAAUCAUCUUUGGAUCGUGGCUUUGGUCGUUGUAUUGUGAUGAAAAAAUUGUCUGCUAUUAAUCAGAAGUACGAGAAUACCACUUCGGACAGAAUAAUUAGACCCCAUAGGGUGGGGGCUGAUGCAGAGAGGAUGCAGAUCCUGGAUGAUGAUGGGUUAGCUGCGCCUGGAGAAAUAAUUAGACCACAUGACAUCUAUAUCAAUAAGCAGUCUCCAGUGGCUACUAGGGGAGCAAUGGUUUCACCAUUGACACUGACAGAUAGAGAUUAUAAGCCAAGCAUACAAACAUACAAAGGUCCUGAAGGGGAGACAGCAGUGGUGGAUAGAGUAGCUCUCUUCAGUGAUAAGAGUUUUAAUUUGAAUGUGAAAUUUAUCAUCCGCCACACUCGUAGGCCAGAGGUUGGUGACAAAUUCAGUAGCAGACACGGUCAGAAAGGUGUUUGUGGCACCAUUAUCCAACAGGAAGAUUUUCCUUUUUCUGAACGUGGCAUCUGCCCUGAUUUGAUUAUGAACCCACAUGGAUUUCCAAGUCGAAUGACAGUUGGAAAGAUGAUAGAGCUCCUUGGGAGUAAAGCUGGAGUUUCAAAUGGUAAGUUUCACUAUGGCAGUGCAUUUGGAGAACCAAGUGGUCACGCAGACAGAGUUGAGGCUAUAAGUGACACACUUGUGAAGCAUGGCUUCAGUUACAGCGGCAAGGACUUCCUUUAUUCAGGCAUUACUGGUUCACCACUGCAGGCAUAUAUCUUCAUGGGGCCUAUAUAUUACCAAAAGUUGAAACACAUGGUCCUAGAUAAAAUGCAUGCUCGUGGCAGUGGACCCCGUGUCAUGAUAACCAGACAACCUACUGAAGGCAGAAGUCGAAACGGAGGACUUCGGGUUGGUGAAAUGGAACGUGAUUGUUUGAUUGCUUAUGGAGCUAGUAUGUUGAUCUACGAGCGCCUAAUGAUUUCGAGUGAUCCUUUUGAGGUUCAGGUUUGCCGGAAGUGUGGUUUGUUAGGAUACUACAAUCAUAAGUUAAAAAUCAGUAUUUGUUCUACAUGUAAGAACGGGGAGAAUGUUUCUACCCUGAAAUUGCCAUAUGCAUGCAAGCUAUUAUUCCAGGAGCUUCAGUCAAUGAAUAUUGUUCCCCGCUUGAAAUUAACCGAAGCAUGAUCUGUGAGCCCUUAGUCGAUACGGGUACAUGGAAGUGUCUCAGGAUUCUGCUGUCAGAAUCUGAUUUCCGUCCUUUUUUGUCCGGUUGGAAAAUAUGACGAUCACCUGCAUUUUCAUGGCUUGCAGAGCAAUUUCGUAAUUUCGUCCCGAGUUCCUGAACAACAGGUUCUUUGCGACUGUAGGUAUUUUUGCGCUCUUGAUUGUUUCCAACGGGCCUUACCUUAGAAGAGUUGAUUUGAAGCGUCAUGGUUGCAGUGAUUCUUCUGAUUAUGCUUUAGAGAGUUUCUGAAAUCUUUUUCCAGGGUUUUUGGAAGAGGAGACAAUACAAAAGCAGGAGCAAAACUAUUUAUAGUGUUUGUUUGUUCCAACUUGUUUUCUUCCAUGCAUUAAGUUCCGAUUCGAGAAGUACAUUUUUGCCCGCCAUGAUGUAUAAUGAUUUCUUGCUGCAUCAAAUUAAUAUUUGCACAAAAUAUAGUGUGGAAGCCUUAUUGUC